UUAGGAUUUAGAAAAACCUCUGGAGUGUGGAAAAACUACAGUAGUUCCACAACUCUGUCUCUGCUUCUGUGUUGGCAGAUUGAGUGUCAUCCAUACCUUUCCCAGGAGAAGCUGAUCAACUAUUGCCAGUCCAAAGGGAUCACUGUGACAGCAUACUGUCCCCUUGGCCGUCCUGAUGGUUCUAAGCCAGAGGCACCUUCCCUUCUGGAUGAUCCCAAGAUCAAAGAGAUUGCAGCCAAGCACAACAAAACCCCAGCACAGGUUCUCCUUCGCUUCCAGAUCCAGAGAAAUGUGAUUGUGAUUCCCAAGUCUGUCACACCACAGCGCAUUGUGGAGAACUUCCAGGUGUUUGACUUUGAAUUGACUAAAGAGGAGAUGGCAACUAUUCUGAGCUUUAACAGAAACUGGAGGAUCUGUGAAAUGGACAUGUCCAAAAAUCUCAAGGAAUACCCUUUCCAUGCCGAAUACUGAAGAUGGCCUUCACUAGACCUCUGGUGUCUCACGUGCCUCUGCUCUAACUUUGAGCUAUUUAUCUGGUUUUCUUAUUGUAUCUGCCCCAGUACUGCCAGUGAAGACACAGAAUGUUUAUCCCAUGAAAUUUGGGGUUUUUGGAAGAAGAAAAGGGUAUUUUCUACAGCAAAAAAUGUGGGAUGUAAUAAUCUUCUGCCUAUUAGAAGACAAUAUUUCUACUGAAGAGCCAAAGCAGAGGUGGAAGAGCUUGUACCACCAUUCAGUGAUUGCCUUCAGUCUUGCAUCAGCAGAAACCAGAUGUUGACAAACCACAAAAAA